AAUUACUCCAUCUUUACUAUAUAUAUAGAUGUAGACCCCAUGACCAAUUACACAUUCCUCAAAACUCUCUCUAGCCAUAGCAAUGGCUUCUAAGCUCUUUUCUCUUGUAACAUUUUCAUCAUUUCUCAUAAUCUUCCAUUUCCUUAGCUCCCCAUCUUUAGCAGAUGUCCCUCUAGACACUCCUCUCCCACCAGAAACAAUUUGCAAGUCCACUCCACACCCUUCCUAUUGCAUAUCUGUCCUUCCCCACAAAAAUGCCAAUGUCUAUGACUUUGGCAGGUUUUCUGUCCAACAUGCACUUUCCCAAUCCAAUAAGCUCUUUGAUUCAAUUGAAAAACAUCUUCAACUUGGCUCAGUCUUACCACAGCCUGCAAUCCAAGCCCUUGAGGAUUGCAAGUUGCUUGCAUUGUUGAACAUUGAUUUCUUAUCAAGCUGCCUUGAAACUGUGAACAAGACAAGUGGUGUUCUUGCUAGCUUGGAUGCUGAUGAUGUCCAAACCUUGCUCAGUGCCAUUUUGACCAACCAACAGACUUGUUCCGAUGGCCUUGAAUCUCUGCCUUCUGCAGCUGGGAGUGUCAUAAAUGAUCUCUCAGCCUCAAUCUCUAACAACUCACAAUUGUGCAGUGUCUCUUUGGCUCUGUUUACCAAGGGUUGGGUGCCUAAGGACAAAAAUGGAGUGCCAAAGCAACCCAAGACGCACCUCCGAUUCGGGAAGGGACGCUUGAACCUGAAGAUGUCAAGCCAAGCUCGUGCAAUUUAUGACGCCGCUAUUAAUCAUCGGAGAAGAAGACUUCUUCAGGUAGGAGAUGAAGAGGUUUUGGUGAAGGGCAUUGUGGUUGUGAGUCCAGAUGGAAGUGGAAACUUUACCACCAUCAAUGCUGCCAUUGCUGCUGCACCAAACAACUCCGUUGCAAGUGGUGGCUACUUCUUGAUAUAUGUCACUGCUGGUGUUUAUCAAGAGUAUGUGUCAAUUGCAUCAAACAAGAAGUACUUGUUGAUGAUCGGAGACGGUAUCAACCAGACAAUCAUCACUGGAAACAACAGCGUAGGAGAUGGCUCGACAACUUUCAACUCUGCCACUUUAGCUGUCACAGGACUAGGGUUCGUAGCAGUGAACAUUACUGUUCGUAACACGGCUGGACCAAGCAAAGGGCAGGCAGUUGCAGUCCGAAACGGGGCAGAUUUGUCAGUUUUCUACAGCUGCAGUUUUGAAGGCUACCAAGACACCUUAUACACGCAUUCUCUCAGACAAUUCUACAGAGAAUGUGAUAUCUAUGGAACAGUUGACUUCAUAUUCGGCAAUGCUGCAGUUGUUUUCCAAAAUUGCAACCUAUAUCCUCGCCAGCCUAACCAAGGGCAGUCCAAUGCCAUCACAGCUCAAGGUCGAACCGACCCGAAUCAGAACACGGGGACUUCUAUCCAAAACUGCACUAUCAAACCGACGCCGGAUUUGGCUUCGAGUAAUUUCACUGUCAAGACCUAUCUAGGGAGGCCAUGGAAGGAAUAUUCAAGGACAGUUUACAUGCAAACUUUCAUGGCUAGUUUGAUUGAUCCUGCUGGCUGGCUUGCAUGGAGUGGAGAUUUUGCUCUGAGCACACUGUAUUAUGCUGAGUACAAUAACACAGGCCCUGGAUCCAACACUACAAAGAGGGUUACAUGGCCUGGCUACCAUGUGAUCAAUUCAACCGUUGCUGCUAAUUUUACAGUGACCAACUUCUUGAUGGGGGAUAAUUGGUUGCCUGAGACUGGUGUGCCUUACACUGGUGGAUUAAUUUGAGUAACUUGUUAAAAAAAAAUUGUUGUCGUUAAUUUUCUCGUUUUUAUGUCAUUGUUUGAGGACGCAUAUUCAUAUUUGCUUGCUCUCUUCUUGUAAAAUGUGGAAGCAUUUAUCUCUUCUAAUUGGAAAUUAAUGUGUAACUUCAUUAUAAACUUCUAAUAAA